GGGCGGGGCCGGGCUGGCCGAACCUGGGGAAUGCCAGCGCCAGCCCCCGCCCCAGGCCAGCCCCAGCUGGAUCUCGGGCCGGAGCUUGAGGCCGCUGCACCCAGCGGCUGCAGCCUCCGCUCCUGCGCCCGCGCCGUGUCCGUAUCCCGGCAGCCCGGCUGGACCCACGGCGGCGCGGCCGGUGUUCCUCCUCCCUCCCCUGGGGCAGGGGCCACCAUGUUCUCCUGCGUGAAGCCCUAUGAGGACCAGAGCUACUCGGCCCUGAGGCGGGACUGCCUGCGUAGGAAGGUGCUCUUCGAGGACCCCCUCUUCCCAGCCACUGAUGACUCGCUCUAUUAUAAGGGCACGCCAGGGCCCACUGUCAGGUGGAAGCGGCCCAAGGACAUCUGCGAGGACCCCCGCCUCUUUGUGGAUGGCAUCAGCUCCCAUGACCUGCACCAGGGCCAGGUUGGCAACUGCUGGUUUGUGGCAGCCUGCUCGUCACUUGCCUCCCGGGAGUCCCUGUGGCAAAAGGUCAUCCCGGACUGGAAGGAGCAGGAAUGGGACCCCGAAAAGCCCGACGCCUACGCGGGCAUCUUCCACUUCCGCUUCUGGCGCUUUGGGGAAUGGGUGGAUGUGGUCAUUGAUGACCGGCUGCCCACAGUCAACAACCAGCUCAUCUACUGCCACUCCAACGCCCGCAAUGAGUUCUGGUGCGCCCUGGUGGAGAAGGCCUAUGCCAAGCUGGCAGGCUGUUACCAGGCGUUGGACGGAGGCAACACAGCAGACGCACUGGUGGACUUCACCGGUGGAGUUUCGGAGCCCAUCGACCUGACUGAGGGUGACUUUGCCAACGAUGAGACUAAGAGGAACCAGCUCUUUGAGCGCAUGUUAAAGGUGCACAGCCGGGGUGGUCUCAUCAGUGCCUCCAUCAAGGCAAUGACAGCAGCUGACAUGGAGGCCCGCCUGGCGUGCGGCCUGGUGAAGGGCCAUGCGUACGCUGUCACUGAUGUGCGCAAGGUGCGCCUGGGCCACGGCCUCCUGGCCUUCUUCAAAUCAGAGAAGUUGGACAUGAUCCGCCUGCGCAACCCCUGGGGCGAGCGGGAGUGGAAUGGACCCUGGAGUGACACCUCGGAGGAGUGGCAGAAAGUGAGCAAGAGUGAGCGGGAGAAGAUGGGUGUGACGGUGCAGGACGACGGUGAGUUCUGGAUGACCUUCGAGGACGUGUGCCGGUACUUCACAGACAUCAUCAAGUGCCGCCUGAUCAACACGUCCUACCUGAGCAUCCACAAGACGUGGGAGGAGGCCCGGCUGCAUGGUGCCUGGAUGCCACAUGAGGACCCCCGACAGAACCGCAGUGGCGGCUGCAUCAACCACAAGGACACCUUCUUCCAGAACCCACAGUACAUCUUUGAUGUCAAGAAACCAGAAGAUGAAGUCCUGAUCUGCAUCCAGCAGCGGCCAAAGCGGUCUACGCGCCGGGAGGGCAAGGGUGAGAACCUGGCCAUCGGCUUUGACAUCUACAAGGUGGAGGAGAACCGCCAGUACCGCAUGCACAGCCUGCAGCACAAGGCCGCCAGCUCCAUCUACAUCAACUCGCGCAGCGUCUUCCUGCGCACCGAGCAGCCCGAGGGCCGCUACGUCAUCAUCCCCACCACCUUCGAGCCAGGCCACACCGGCGAGUUCCUGCUCCGAGUCUUCACUGAUGUGCCCUCCAACUGCCGGGAGCUGCGCCUGGACGAGCCCCCACACACCUGCUGGAGCUCUCUCUGUGGCUACCCCCAGCUGGUGACCCAGGUACAUGUCCUGGGGGCUGCUGGCCUCAAGGACUCCCCAACAGGGGCUAACUCUUACGUGAUCAUCAAGUGUGAGGGGGACAAAGUCCGCUCCGCUGUGCAGAAGGGCGCGUCAUCACCUGAGUAUAAUGUGAAAGGCAUCUUCUACCGCAAGAAGCCGAGCCAGCCCAUCACUGUCCAGGUCUGGAACCACCGAGUGCUGAAGGAUGAGUUUCUGGGCCAGGUGCACCUAAAGGCUGACCCGGACGACCUCCAGCCCCUGCAUACGCUCCACCUCCGGGACCGAGACAGCCGGCAGCCCAGCGACCUGCCAGGCACCGUGGCCGUACACAUCCUCAGCAGCACCUCCCUCAUGGCUGUCUGACAUUUGCCCACCUACCUGGCUCCAGCAGUUCCCACCAUCUGCAUGUCCCCACUGGGCCUGAGUCUAGCCUGGGAGCCAGGACGCUGGGGUCCUUGUGCCACUCUUCCACUGACUUGCCAUGUGAUCUUGGGAAGUCUCUGCCCCUCUCUCAGCCCCAGUGUCCUGAGAGCCCCAAAGCAUUCCCUUCUCGUGGAGGUGUUUCCUUGCCUGAGAUUUAAUAUAGUCUUCCCCACCUCAACUGUCACCACUGCUAAGGGACUCUAGCCAUUGAAAACAUUUUGCUAAGGCCCUGCUGUCUGCCAAGGAGUGCCAAGAAGACGUCACUUGUUUACACACAAACUGCCACAUCCCCAAGCCCUGUUCUUGCCCUUUGAGUCCUGGGCCCAACCCAGCCUCCCAGACCUCACUUUUCCCAUCAACAAUACUGGGUUUUUCUCCCACCUUGAAAGGACUCGGCUCCUGCUCAGGCUGGAAUUGGGAAAAAUGCAAGUGACAUUUGUUCAAUCUCUAAUCCCAGCCACUCACCCAUCCAUUUCCUUACUCAGUGGAGAUUUGCCAAAUGAAUAAACGACACCUUCGAGGCCACAGGCGAAGUGGGGCCCUCCCCCGCCUCUGCCUUGGGCCUCCCCUCUAUCCUCAGGUCCUCUCAGAGGCAGUUACCCAGGGCAGCUGCCGCUGCCUGCUCAUUCUAGCUCCUGAUUCCAUUCCCAGCCCCUGGGUUAAGGUCCCUGGAGGGGUGGUGUCAGUGGGGGUGAGGAAGGGCGUCUUCCUGACUCUGCCCAGUGCUUCAAGGAGCAUGCCUGCGUUGGUGGGCCAGGGGGCAGGCAGGUGGAGGGGCUUUGGGGACCAGAAGGGGACACGUGCUCCCAGAGUCUCUCUGCUGUAAGACCUCAGCUUUCCUGGAAGAAGGGACUCGGGUGUGUGGCGCCAGGCCCGCUGGAGUCAGGCCACCCACUGGGCUUGGCAGGAGAUAGGGAGCCCCAUCACCUGACCACAGCCCCCCACCAACAUUCCCCCAAAAUGCAGCCUAGGAGGCCGCAGUGCCCUUUCUGCCCGGGCCAAAAUGUUCCUUUUAGUCCUCAAUAUUUUAUAUUCUUUUUGUUUUAAAAAUCUCAAUUUUAAUCAGGGCUUUCAAAGGAACAUUGGAAGCUGAAUCUCCACUUCUCUUCUUGGCUCCAGUAUUUCUGGUCCUCUGCUGUGACUUUGAUCCCACUGUUGUGGGAGCAGGCCUUCUUCUCACAGGAGGUCUGGAGGUGGGCGCAGAGGAUGUCUGUGCGUGGGCAUUUGCAGGCUGGCAGCUGUGCUCUUGGAGACCUCUUCGUAAGUGUUGGCGCUGUGACCCACCUGGGAUCUCUUCUGUGCCCUUCUUGGGCUUCCAGACCAGGUGUAGCAAAUGAAAAAGUGCAGUUAAUUCAAGAACAGGAAGUCCUGUGUCCUCGCUGGGACUUCCUUUAGGGAACCUGACUUUUCGACUCCAGAUCCUGCUGUGUGGUUCCGUGUUCUGGCUGGAGGUGCUGGAUUCUCUGACGUUGCCUCCUCACUCUGUGUCUGGCUUUGCUCCUAGACCUUGGCCCUAGGCCACACGAGGGGCCAGGAAAUGAAAGACAAGGAGGACGAGAGCAUUCUUUCUGGAAAGCCGGGACUUCCCCUCAAGAACUUGGGCCUGGGGCCGGGACUCCGUGCAUGACCGGGAGCAAGUCACUUAAACCUCCUGUGCCUCGAUUUCCCCCUUCAACAAAGUGGGACCAUUGUGUCAGCUGCCGAAACCUAGUACCGGCCACUCUUCAAGUCAAGAGUGUGUCCGCGCUCUUACUACCAAGUGCUGAGUAAGGGCAAAAUAAUACCGCUUUCUCUAUGUAUCUCUGUAUGUGCACACACUAUGUAUAUGUUCAUGUAAUCACCACUUCUUGACGUCUAUUUCAAAUCAAGGCUCCUGGGUAGGGGGUGGAGAAGUGAGCCAGCUUGAGCCUCAAGCUAACACAUGGGACUUUGCUCAGCCAUGUCCCCUGGGAUGCAAGGGCACACCAAGACCAAGUGGCAGACCUGUGGGCUUUAGCCCUGGGGCCAGGCCAUGCCUCCCACCCCCUGACAGAACGGGUUCUGCAGUGCUGCCCUUGCUUCCUGCCCCUUAAGGUGGGCCAGGCUGGCUCCUGGCUAUGCAGGAAUCUCUGGUCCCCAGGAGACCUUGGGGGCUGGGCAGGUAAGGGAGGCCGGGGAGAGCAAUUGCUUUGUUCACUAUAGGCACCCACAGGGGCCUGAGAGUCCCCAUUAGCAGAUGGGUGGGGCCUCCAGCCCACACCACCCAGACCUGGGCUUCCCUCUUCUCAGGACCCACUGUUGGGGAACAGGAAGCCUGUUCUGUUCUCAGAAUAAAUCUUACCACAAUUCCA